GAUGCUUCAUUUUGUACAGCAACGGGCAACCCCACAAACUGCAUAUGUUUGCCCCAGCACACACCGUAUUGCAAUUGCUCGUCGGGGUACUGUGGACAUGAUUGUUCUCAGUCAGCCGAGGGAGUUGAGUGCACUGGUCCAGCUGUGCCCUAUCCUAAUUGCACAGACAUUGAUGAGUGCGAUCCAGGGCACUCGGGGCCACGCUGUGAAGCCGAGAGCACAGUUCAGUGUCCCGAGGUUGGUAACACGUGUCUUGACGAAGGGGUUUCAUCAGUGUCAGUCGGUUGGACACUAUCGGCAGACUUAGACCCAAGUUCGGAUGAUAUCACUUGUAGAGACUUGACUGAUGGAGCCACAGUGAAUAUUACAGGUGGAGUGUUUGGAAUAGGGCCACACCACGUGGUUUGCUCGUCAAAUGCUGGUGCCUUUGGAGAUUGCCUCAUUUCAUUCGGUGUUUCGUCAUACCCAAGACUCGCAGUACCAGCAGUGGGUGAUCAGUGUACUGAACCAGACACGGACACAGCUACAGUGACAUGGACCGAGGUUCAUGCCACGGACGCUGGGGAAGUCACCAUCGAUUGCACAAAUUAUGGUGAUGGCGUCGGUGUCGAUCUUACAGGAGGUGUAUUUGGAGUGGGAAACCAUACCGUCACCUGUACUGUUACCAAUGACCUAGGCUGUGUGACUUCAAAGAACUUCACCUUCACUCUCUAUAAGAAUCAUCUGUUCACGUUUGGUGCCGAGGUUGGUGACUUCCUCCUGUCAAAUGUACCCCAGCAGCCACUAUUGCCAAAUAAAGACCUGAUAUCACCCACGAUAUUCCCACCAAAUUUCUUUCCCUUCUGCGAUGAACUUUAUGAAAAACUGUAUUUCACUGACAAUGGCGUGAUUGUUCUCUCAAAUGAUCAACCUCUCGACAAAUUCGCCUUUUCGAGUACUACAAGUCCUGUCUUCAGCGGCAACGAGGCAAUGAUAACGCCAUUUUGGGCCGAUGUUAAAGGCGAUGCCUUUACCCCGACCAGUAACGUUUUCUGGCAGGUGUAUGAUCAGUACGACGAAAAUGUCAGCCAGGACAAGUUGGACACCAUCAGCGCUGCUGUGUCGACCAAAUUUGGCACAUUUUCAGCAAACUGGGCACUCGUAGUCACCUGGAGUAACGUUAAAUUAGCGUCUACGUUAUCGGAUGAGACAAACACAUUCCAAACUGUGCUGGCAACGGAUGGAAUCCAUGGCUUUGUGAUAUUCAAUUACGAUCCCUGCGGCACCAACUGGGACUUCAGUUUGUUACUGAACAAGAAUGUCAUCCAGGGCUUUACCUGCAGAGGGACCUUUAAUCAGUCUGUCUACGUGGACAUACCAGGUGAAUCGCUAUACCGCCCUGGUAACAUCGAAGGCAACGCGGGUCAGACAGGACGUUGGGUGUUUCGCCUCAACGCACCAAGCCCGAGCUUCGUUAAUCCACGUCUGGAGUGCCGCGAUUGGUACCAUCGCCAGUCACCUUACCCUUUGUUUGAUAACUAUUUCCCUAAUUUCCAGGACGUUUGCCCUUGCAGCCUGGUGAGUGCCUCGUUUGACUGGCGAUUCAUAGAGGUUCCAGCCUACAAUGUACCUCGGGAACUACAAUUUGACUCGGCAUUCCCUGUUGUUUGUUUCGUGCGUCUGUUCCAAGUGCCUGGAACUCCAGGUCCUCGGUGUUGCUACAAUACCUUUACCUGCGAUCUCCUGUACGAUGUAAGGAGCCCAAGAAUCGCUUCAGUCUUCGAGCGCUUCCCACUCAGCCCAGCGUUCUACACAGAGGACUUGUACCAACAGUGGCUAGAUGAGGAGGCGUGGGCUCGCUUUUACUGCUGUGAUCGAUCAACUCUUUGCCAUCUGUACAAAGAGUGGCGCCCUCUCAUGACAUGCCAAUCGUACAUCCCUCUCUCCUGGGUGUGGGGCUGGGGAGACCCCCAUAUCGCAACAAUUGACGGGCUGCAGUACACCUUCAAUGGUCUGGGAGAAUAUACACUGGUACUCAUCGAGGAUGAUGAUGGACAACGAGUCUUUGAACUGCAAGGUCGCACACGACAGGCCGUGGAUACAGAGACAGGACAACUUAGCCAGGCCACUGUCUACUCUGGUUUCGCUGCAGUGUACACGGGAGAAGCAAGGGUUGAAGUCAAAUUGAGUAACGAUACCAUGGAUUUACUGACUACUGUCAGUGGUACCAUUGUCACACCUACAGCUGAAGGAUUGCUGUUUAACAGUCUUCGUCUAACGAGGUCGGAUAAUCCCAUCGAAGUGAGCGUCAUAUACGCGGAAUAUGUCACCUUUACUGUUAGGGUUAACAACAGCAUGGCCGACAUAACCAUCCUCUUCAACCAGGACUUCAGAGGCAGAACUAAGGGACUUCUAGGUGUAUGGGACGACGACCCAAGCAAUGACACUUUGAGGCGUGAUGGCACAUUGCAAUCAGCCUCUGGUGACAAUGGAGAGUUGCUGGAGAGGGAUUUCUUCGCAUUUGGUGAAACGUGGAAGAUUAGCGAAGAGGACUCCCUGUUCUUCUACCAACUUCUUGAUGAAAGCUACGACUCACUGAACGACCCCAACUUCAAUCCAGACUUUCUGCAAGAUUUGCUUGACAGAUCCCCGCAGGACAAAAUCGACGAGGCCAAAGCAGUCUGCGGGCCCAGCAAAGCGUGUCUUUAUGAUUCCUUGGCUCUGAAUGAUACAAGCAUCGGUAUGGCUACAUUGCUAAUCAAUGAGAUGAACACGCUUAACAUGGAAUUGUCAACCAACUUCCCGCCGAAUCUGCUGCUAGUGGAGACUAUUGAGGUGGUUGUAGGGCAGAACUUCACCUUGCAAUUAGAAGCAGCUGAUCCUGAUGGAGAUAAUAUCACAUACCACCUGCUUCAGACAGUAGAAGGGGCGUCAAUUUCAUCUAAUGGCGGUUUUUUCACAUGGACUCCUACAAACAGGUCCAAGGUCUCGAUUGGUUUCCUAGCCACAGACGGUAGAGCCAAUGCAACGCUUGAACCCAUUGUGAAGCUUUGUGAUUGUGAGAAUGAUGGCACAUGUCUGUUUGAUCAGUUCGUCAGUGGAACCAACCUUGUGCAGGAUCGCUUCGGGGUGGUGUUGUGUGAGUGUCAGAUGGGCUUCACUGGUGAGUCUUGCGAUAUGGAUUAUGACGCCUGCGCCGACAACCCUUGUUUCACGGGUGUGGCUUGCACUGAUGAGGCCCCGCCAUCGUACAACAGCACCUGCGGACCUUGCCCUGAAGGACUCGAGGGAGACGGCAGGAGCUGCCAAGAUAUCAACGAGUGUGAGUUGUACGGAAACCAAACAGCUAGCAGUGGCGGACCAGGCUGUGAUCAAAACUGUGACAACAUCCUCAUGGACUACACGUGUAGUUGCAAUCCUGGAUAUUUACUGCAUGAGGCUGGCAGGCGGUGCAUCGAAAUACCUGCGACUAUGGCUACUGCUUCAACUGCAGCUUCAACAACAACUUAUCCUUCAAAGAGCACUACCGCAGAAACACCUGCAGCCAUGGGUCCUGUCUCAACGGCAGCUUCAACAACAACUUAUCCCUCGAAGAGCACUACCGCAGACAUUCCAUCGACGACCCCUCAACGAUCAACUGGGACUCCUGCAGUGACUUCGAAAACAACUACUGCGGGUCUGACUUCAGAAGUGACUUCAAAAUCGACUUCUACAGAAACAACCGCAAAUCCAGUACCAACUACAAGUCCGGGAGCAUCCCUUCCAGAAAUGACAUCUGGUCCUGUCGGCAGAGUGCCGACAAGCGCUGGUUCGACUUCUAGCUCAACUUCAAAAGAGCAAUCGCGAACAACUGAGUCAAUGACCACUUCGAAAUCGGUUGGAGAGCAAUCGCGAACAACUGAGAUAUUGACCGCUUCGAAAUCAGUUGGAGAGUUGACGACUGAGCGAAUCACAAGUCAAGUUUCAACAGCUCGCACUUUGACAGAACCUAGAACUAAAGAUCUAACGACUGAGCGAAUUACAAGUAAAGUUUCAACCGCUCGAACUUCGGCAGAACCAACCACUGAAGAUUGCCAGUUAUCUGCCUUCAGCUGUCUGAAUGGAGGGGCAUUUGAUGCUGAGUUUUGCAAGUGUGUUUGCCCACUUACCCAUUCAGGAGCAACAUGCGCUGAUGCGAGUCCGUGUCUCUCUGGUAAUAGAUGCCCUGAUGCUCAACACUACUGUCUACCAGAUAUAAACCAAGAUGGCUUCACUUGCAUUUGCAAUGUUUUCGAAGGGUUUUUCCCGCAAGAUAAUGGUUCUUGUCAACAACUUCCGUCUAAGCAGAUUGUGUUGACAGCUGAUUUGGAUUUCAACCAGGCCUUCAGAAAUCCGACAUCAAGUGCCUUCCGGAGACUAGCUGCUGUGUUUGAACGAGCGAUUUUUAUGAGGCUUAAGGACAAUCCAUCUACCAACGGUGUAUCGUCAGUUCACGUCCCGUGGAUGGAGGAAGGCAGUGUUAUCGUGAGGUCUGUGGCUUCAUUUGAAAACGGUGCGCCCUCAGACAUCACCGUGCAGGAAGUCAUGUCAAGCAGUCCAUCACUGAGUGACGGCAAUACGGUCAUCUCCAUCAACCGUGAUUCUGUAAUCGUAGACGAUGGGGAAGUAGUCUGUGUACCAACCUACUGCAAGAAUGGCGGGACAUGUGAGACGUCUGGGAACUUCCCUUACAUUUCAUUUACGUGCAGCUGUCAAGCUUCAUAUACCGGGGAGCGUUGCGAGACAGAAAUCGACGAGCCCGGCUCAGGCGGUCAGUCCACCAUUGCUUUAGUACUCAUCAUCGUUGGCUGUGCUGUGCUUAUUCUCGUGGCGGCGUGCAUGCUGCUCUGCAUGUGUCGUCUGGUUUGGAGGCAACGUACCAAGCCACUUGCUUACCGUGACCACAGACAGCGGUCGGGUGUGCCUAGAGAAAGCCGGAGCAUUCCUGAUCUGAGCACGGAGUCUGGUGAUGUCCCCCGCAUGGCAUAUUUCCAUGAUGAGGAGGAUAGGAUGAGUCGUCUGAUGCACGUCAUGAGACGCUCUCCCUACCUACAGCAGGGUUUACCGGGCCAAGAGGAGUUUAUCCGACCCUACAUAGCAACAGGAAUGGAAGGGCCGUACCGUCAAGAUCCUCGCGCCGAGUAUGCAGGACGUGUGGUGCACAAUCCGAUGGCCAUCUAAAAUUCAUCGCCAACGAUUCCCUUUGAUGUUCUGUGCUCAAUUCAUAUUUCAGAUAAUAUGUUUGUAAGUUGACAAUGCUUCGUUGAAAAGAAAAUUCCUUCUGCAGUGCCUGAUUUGAUGACAGCGCGCUUAAAUAUCACAGGCCUGUCUUCCUUUGUCUCUAUUAUUCACUGUCCUUUCAGACAAGUGCCUAAUGAGUGCCUAAUGUCUAUACCUAUGUUACCCGGGAAAAUAUAUUGUGUUAUCUGUAAAAAGAAACAGCUAACAUUAGCGGUAUGUUUGUCCAUAAUAUUUACAUGCUAAAGUAGGCGGUUUGUUUUCCAGUAGACAUUUAAGAACCCUAGACCAAGUAAUUUCAAGGCGUAAAUACAUUAGCUUUAAUAAAAACUCAAUAUUGUAACUCGGAGAUCAUUAUUCCAGCGGUUUAUUGUGUUAUAACAUUUAGUACAUUGUAACAACAUUAAGUUUAUUGUACACAGAGUAAAAAAUUAAAUAAAUAUAUAUCUUUAUACUUGAAUAUACGACGACUUUAGCCCUAUUGGUAUGAAUGUUCUAAGUAUGUUCCGAACUUUGGCACAGCAGAGAAACAAAUUUCUUGAGACGAAUUCAAAUUUUCAAACUCCCAAACAAACAGGCAAACAGCUGAGAGUAAAGGGCAUGGCAGAGUACAAUGUUUAUAAAUAUUGAUUAUUGGUGAUUGGGACGUUUCGUAUAAAAAAAAGGUGGAUAUUUAAGUUUACUAUUGUUGUCUACUCGGAAUAUUAAAUAGCCAGGAUGGAUAAUGAAGUAAUCAUGAUAAGCAAAUAUUUUGUUCUCAUUACGAACGAGAUAGCAAUUAGAAUACAACAUAAUUUUAUUGAUAAACUGCGUUUUGCAGUUCAAUCUUGUUAUGUGGAAAACAAACACUGAGUUUCUCUGUCAUGUACAUUGGCAUACAGUACUAAAAGUGUUGAAAUGACAACCUUAGAUAUACGAAUAAACGUACAGGUUCUUCAUUUCGUCAGAUUGUUACAUUCUUGUAUAUGGAAAAAGGAAUAAAUUUUACCUGGUUUAGAGCCAAGUCUGCUUGUAAAUUCGCCUGAGAUUAUAUGAGAUUUGUGUAUAGUUCUUAGAACAAAAUAUACAAAUUCAAUACUUUGGUGUUUGGUCGUUAUUGUAUAUCAUGCACAAAUUGAGAGUUUGCAUCAUGAACGAAUUGAUGAUUAAUUAAAAAAAACAGGGUAGGAGUAUAACAAUCGUUAGCUAAAAAGUAAUUUUUACAAUAAUGGUUAAGUCAUUUGAUGGCCGAUGUUCAUUGACAAUACUCAUUACACUUCAAGGAGUUUGAAUAUCUUUUUCCACUUAUUGUGUGUUCGUUGAACAAUUUAUGAUAAAAUAGUUAAUUGUAUGUCUAGCUAUCCUGUAAACGGAAAAGUAAACUUGAGUCAUCUGUAAGGCGCAACCGAAUUGUACAUUUGCAAUUAGGCCUAAAUGCGCCGGUUUUAAGAGGGAUGUCUUCAUUGUUUUAAUUCGUGUUUUCAUUAAUUGUGAAUUCGUUGAAAAAAAAAGUAUGGUUAAUUGUAAGUAGGUUUCCUGUAAACUGAACCUUUACAUUGGCACUUGCCAUUUACAUAUCAUUUACGUAGUCAUGAAGCAGUGUUGUAGUCGAGUACUUAAUUGUAAGUAGGUACUUAGGUUAACCGAGUACGAGUACUUGUACUUCCAAGUAGGCUACGAUAACAAGAACGAGUACUUGUUUUCCGAGUACGAGUACGAGUACUUCUAUUUCCGAAUACGACCACACGGCAAAUGGUGCACAGAGGGAAAUCGGGAAACAUCGAUUUCUCUGCAAGCCAAUCAACCAUUUCAAACUGAAAGAAUCGAUACAAUAAGGCCGUGGUAAGUCAUGUUAUAACAUUUUUUUCCGAGUACUGCUUUUCGAGUACGAGUACUUUGAUAAUAUAGUACAAUUUCGACAUAUCAAGUACGAGUAGGCCUACUUUGCUGCCUGAGUACGAGUACCGUCAUUUCGAGUACGAGUGCUUUGACAUUCGAGUACGAGUGCGAGUACUUAAAAAAGGACUCAAGUAGUACUCGGUACGAGUACCGAGUACAAGUACUACAACACUGCUAUUCAGUUGUACAUUAAUUUAUAGGCCUAAAUGCAUGAGGUUAAGGGCAUGUACUCAGAGUUUUCAUUCUAAUGUAGUGACAAUAGCAUGUUUAAAUUUGCGUUUCUCGAGGCUAUUCCAGACUUUUAUCCCGAAAAAAAUGGAUUGUACUUUUUCUAGUAAUACACAAAGUUAUUCAUUUUUGAAUGAGACAUCGGCGGAAAACAAAAAUCGGCCCAUAUUUUUAGUUAUUGGUUGAUUAGUAGACAAUUUCGAUUUAUCGGCUGCCAGACAAUAAUUCAGUUUCAAGGUGUUGACUGGUUCACGCCCCACACUACCCGUUCAUAAUACAUGUAUCGGGAGCCAGUCUGCUCAGAAAACGGAUCUGUUUGUGCCCAAAUCAAUUGUUGCAGUUGUCCACAAAAAGAAAAAAAUAGGAGACGGCGAAUUUGGCCUUUCAGAGGGUUGGAAUGAAACAUACAAGUUGAAUAUGUUUUAAUAAGAACGCAUCUCGAAUGUUUUGAACAGCAUCGGGGAACGCCACUUUAACAUGUAUGAUCGAUGUGAGUACCAAUUUUUGAAAGUGAUGUGUCAAUUAAAGAUCACGCGAUUUUCAGGUGAUUCUUAUUUUAAUAGUAGGAAGUUCAUAGACAUCCUGGGAGUUAGUUUGAACCUGCAUUUGAAUCACGUUCGUUGAGAAGAAAUGCACCCACUUUUAGUAUCAGCAAAGGGUUCGUUAGCGGUGAAGUAUCCGUAAAUAUAACCACAAUGGCCGAAUCAUGUUGGAAAAAUGUGUAUGGAUAAUUUUAUGUCAACAACUAUACCAUGCUACCAAAAUAGUCACUGAUUAACAAAAGAUUAAAAUCAAUCUUGAUAUUCUCACAGUUUGACAACCCGAGAGAGAGUGUUUAUGAUUCCGCCCCCUCUGCUGUCUGGGGCCUACUCCUGUAGAUCUCAUUUCACAGAUAAACAAAAUGAAAUAUUCUUCAGCGAUUGCAAAUAUUUUAGGACUCGCAUUUGAAAAUCUCGUAAUUAAUUUUAAAAAGUAAUGAUCUAGGCACUUUAUUGAAAAGAAUUUAAGUUACAUCCUUUGCCCGAAUUGUUUUCUUAUUUAAGGUUAUGCAUUUAUACAUUAUGCUUAAGCUUUUAGUGUUAUUUUUAUUGAGACUGCCCCUGUGAUUUUAAAAACUGAUGUUAUUAAUUCGGAAGCAACUUAAGUCUUGGUCAUAAUAAAAUAUUAUUUGGUGUUAGAGGUACAGAA